AUGGCGACGAGACAAAAGAACGGCCGCCUCGCCAAGGCAGGCGUCGCCAUCCUCGGCGUGGCACGCGGUCAAGAGCCCGAGCAAAGGCCAGGCGAGGGCUCGUUACCCCAGGGGGGCCACGGCGCGCCAUUCAGAGUCGAGACAAGCGCCGCUGCACCCCGGACCGUCGACCCAGGCUUCAACUCGAGGCCCCGUGUCGUGGGUGGUCACCGAUGGCAGAUCAAGCCCCCUGGGUGGCCCAGAGGCGUCGGCGCCGAGUCGGGUGUCUUGGAGGCCCAUCGUGGGAAUUGUCGCGGUGUCGUGCUUGCUGUGCGGGUGCUGCGUGGCGCCGUGCGGUGCGCGUCGAAGGUGAGAACGGGGGCGAGUUGCAAGAGUCAAUGUCGCGAGGCGGGCAGCAAAUGCGCACUGGCCACGGGCCCUCGUGCUGCGAGACGGCGACCUGAUUCGCACGCAGCCUCGACUGUCCCUGCAAGACAGCGGGGUGUGGGAAUCUGCGAUACUGAAACUGGACAUGGCAUUUGGACAGAGGACGUCCAGAUCGAUGAGCAGGACAUCGACGACGGCACAGACGCAGGAAGGACAAAGCUUUCAAGCGGCAGUAUGGAUGCUGCUCAAUGGCGCGUACACGUAGAUGGACGCUCAAACCCCUGGCGCCUUCCACCGCAAUCGGCCACCUUCACGCCCCCAAGCGGACCAGCGAAGUUGGGAGGUAGAGCACUGGGCAGGCUGCCAUGUAAUGGAGCGGUAUGCUCGCCCUGA